AUGCCAUCCAUCCAGAAGCUCGCGCACGCGAAUGAGCAGACGUGGUUGCUGAUAGGUCGAGUAGCCGAGCAGAUGGGGAACCUGGAGCACGCCCUGUCAGCGUACGAGAACGCGCUGCGUCACAACCCCAUGUCCCUAUCGGGCCUGACACAGGUCGCUGGAAUUGCUCGGAUCAAGGAAAAUUACCCGAAGGCCGUCGAAUAUUUUCAGCGUGUGAUCAGCAUGCAGCAAGACAACGGCGAGGUGUGGAGCGCCCUCGGACACUGUUACCUCAUGCAGGAUGACCUACAGAAGGCCUAUCAGGCCUAUCAGCAGGCGCUCUACCUGCUGCCCAAUCCCAAGGACCCGAAACUGUGGUAUGGCAUUGGCAUUCUCUAUGACAGAUACGGCUCCCUGGACCACGCCGAGGAAGCCUUCGCCUCGGUUCUCAAAAUGGACAAAGACUUUGACAAGGCGAACGAAAUACUGUUCCGUCUCGGUAUCAUCUACAAGCAGCAAGGCAAAUACGCCGACAGUCUCGAGUGUUUCGACCGCAUCCUGCGCAAUCCGCCAAGCCCUCUCGCACACGCGGACAUUUGGUUCCAGAUCGGGCACGUGUUUGAGCAGCAACGAGACCAUGUGCGUGCACGCGAUGCAUACGAACGCGUCGUCCAGGACAACCCGAACCACGCAAAGGUUCUGCAGCAGCUAGGAUGGCUUUAUCAUCAGGACGGCUCUUCAUUCCAGAACCAGGACGUCGCCAUCCAGUAUCUCACGAAGAGUCUCGAGGCAGAUCCCGCGGACGCCCAGAGUUGGUACCUCCUGGGACGAGCGUACAUGGCCGGUCAAAAGUACAAUAAGGCAUACGAGGCAUAUCAGCAAGCCGUGUAUCGCGACGGCCGGAACCCCACAUUCUGGUGCUCCAUUGGUGUUCUGUAUUUCCAGAUCAACCAGUACCGUGACGCCCUCGACGCCUAUUCUCGCGCCAUCCGCAUUAAUCCUUACAUCUCGGAGGUGUGGUUUGAUCUUGGCAGCCUAUACGAGAGCUGCAACAACCAGAUCUCCGACGCUAUUGACGCAUACGCGCGUGCUGCCGAGCUCGAUCCCAGCAAUACUGCUAUCGCUCAACGACUGCAGUUGUUGAGACAAGCCCAGCUUACUGGUAGUGCUCUUCCUGCAGCACCUGGACCACAGGACGUCCACCCG